UGCCAUGUCACCUUUUGCCUCUACAAAAUCCCUGUCAUUGUCGUGGCCGUCGUCGUCGCCUUCGUCCUCCGGUCACAGCCACUAACCAGUAGUGGUGCUGCCUGGGAAGGAUCGAGGUUGGUAAGGGGAGGUCUAGACAUGGACGCCAUUGAGGAGUGCAGCAGGGGCAGCAGCGAUGGGCGGCGGCGGCAGCAGCUGCUGCUGCUUGGCUCCAGGAUACUGGUCGGCGUGCCCAACAACUCCCGCGGCUGCUCCGAGCUGCUGUCGUGGGCGAUCAGGGUCGUUGCCAAGCCCAACGACUCCGUCGUCGCCGUUCAUGUUCUUGGAGGGAGGGGGAGGAAGAACAGGCUCCAGAAGGCGAACGCCUUCGUCAUCUACAUGCUUGGGGAGUUGGUGGAGACAUGCGAGGCCAAGCAGGUCAAUUUGGAGGCCAAGGUAAUCUGCAGCUCAAGCAUUCCAAGAGCCCUGGCCCGGGAAGCUGAACAGACUGAUGCCAAGUUUCUAGUCGUUGGAAGAUCAAGGAGUAAAUAUCGCAGGAAUCACUUUGAGGUUGCAAACUACUGCUUCAUGCACGCUCCCAACAACUGUUCGGUGAUCGCGGUCGGAAGGGAAGGCCUGGCACAGACCCAGAGUAGCAACCGGCUCAAGUCUCAGUCAUUUGAUGGCAGCAGCAACAUCUCCUCAAGUUCAACAUGGAGCAGAACAUUCACAAAACUACUUCGAUCAAGCUCGGUACGCAAGCAGGCUGACGGCGACGAGGAAGACAAGAGCUCGCCGAGGGCGGUCCUCGAUGGACCGGAGGGAGGGGAACGCCUGCAGGUCACUGAAGAGUGCUACAGCAGCACAUGUAGCAAUGACACGAUGAGCCGGCGUGGCCACAGUGGCAUAUGGAGACGGCUGUCGGACAUGAAGCUCUGGCUACCAUUUCUACGAACCGUCAACGACGAAGGCGCGAAAGCCGGCGACGUCUGCUCGACGUUCUCUGAAGAUCAGAAACCUGCCUGGAAGUGCUACAGUUAUGAAGAGAUUUCAGUUGCUACAGACGACUUCAGUCCAGAUAAUAUAGUGGGGAGAGGAGGCUAUGCAGAAGUGUACAAGGGCAUACUGUCUGACGGCCAAUGCAUAGCAGUGAAGAGGCUGGCCAAGGGCAAGCCCAGUGAGCAGAAGGAGAAGGAGUUCCUGUCAGAGCUAGGGAUCCAGGUGCAUGUCUGCCACCCAAACACGGCCGACCUGCUCGGGUGCUGCGUCGAGAACGGGCUCUACCUGGUGUUCGAGCUCUGCGCGAACGGGACGCUCGCAUCGGCGCUCCACGGGAAUAGUGGGAAGAUCCUUGAGUGGGCUCUGCGGCAGAAGAUCGCGGUGGGUGUCGCGAGGGGUUUGCAGUAUCUGCACAUGUUCUGUAGGCAUCGGAUCAUCCACCGCGACAUCAAGGCCGCUAACAUCCUCCUCGGCGAUGAUUCUGAACCUCAGAUUUCUGACUUUGGGCUGGCAAAGUGGCUUCCAAAACAAUGGACUCAUCACUCCGUCGUACCCAUAGAGGGCACAUUUGGGUAUUUGGCGCCAGAAUACUUCAUGCACGGCAUCGUCGAUGAAAAGACAGAUAUAUUUGCCUUUGGAGUUCUUCUCCUAGAGAUCGUCACCGGAAGGCGGCCUAUCGACUGCUCCAAGCAAAGUCUUCUUCAGUGGGCAAAACCUCUUCUGGAGGCCGGGCAAGCGAUCGAGCUCGCAGACCCUGCCCUCGGCGAUGACUACGACAAGGACCAGCUGAAGAGGAUGGUCACCGUCGCAUCGCGCUGCAUCAUGCGGCCCGCAAUGUGGCGGCCAUCGAUGUCCGAGGUGCUGCACUUGCUGUCUACCAACGAUGAGUGCUUGGAGGAGCCCGAGAAAUGGAACAUUCCGGAGGACGAGGUCAACGACAUGGAUGAUUGCACGUUAUUUUCUGAAUCUUGCUCUCUGUGAUGUAAUAGGCUUUAUUUAUUUUGGUGUCGAUGUGGCUUCUAAGUAAAAUUCAAUUUAUGGAAUAUGAUUGGGUUGUCCAUGUUUUUUGUA